AUGAAGUGCAGGUCCACCUGGUCUCCCUCUCAUUGGCAACAUCCACCAGAUCCCGCCAGUGCGCGCGCAUCAAAAGUUCGUUCUUCAUCUCUAUCAUCAACUGUAUUCUUCUCUGAUAUCAACAGGUUCACCGAAUGGGCCAAAAUCUAUGGCGGUCUCUACAGCUUCCGCAUUGGGCCAGCCACCGCUGCCGUCAUCACGGAUCGAGGUCUGGUGAAGGAACUGCUCGAUAAACGCAGCGCUUUAUACAGCUCACGGCCAACAUCCUAUGUCGGUCAGAACCUCAUAACCGGCGGUGACCACGUGCUUACUAUGGAUAACAACGAAAGCUGGCGGCUAUGCCGCAAGACGAUUCACCAGCACUUCAUGGCAAGCAUGUGCGAGAAAGAGCACGUCAGGCUGCUCGAAGCCGAGCACACACAAAUGAUGCGAGACUUCCUCCUAUAUCCAGAGAAACAUAUGCUGCAUACGAAACGGACCACCAACAGUAUAAUCAUGAGUCUGCUGUAUGGGAUUCGUACCCCGUCGUGGGAUACACCACAUAUGGAGGAACUCUACGGCAUCAUGGAGAAAUGGUCCAAGAUUAUGGAGACUGGCGCCACUCCACCCGUCGAUAUCUUCCCGUGGCUGAAAUGGAUGCCACAGAAGUGGCUGGGCAACUGGGUCGAUCGGUCGGCAGAGGUGGCUAGCGGGAUGAAAGGGUUAUACGGGUCGUUCCGGCGACGGGGGAUCGAGGCACGACGACAGGCCGAGCAAGGCUCUCAAAGUCGAGCUUGCACUUUCAUCGACCACGUCCUUGAUUUACAGGAGAAGGAAAACCUCACUGACAACCAGGUUGACUUCCUCGGUGGAAUAAUGAUAGAGGGUGGAUCCGACACCGGGUCGACGAUGCUCCUGGUGAUGAUCCAGGCGCUGGUGCAGCACCCAGAAGUACAGGAGCGGGCACGCGCCGAGAUCGACGCCGUCUGUGGCGAAGACCGAUCCCCGACAUGGGCUGAUUUCAGCCGUCUACCGUAUAUCAACAUGAUCGUCAAGGAGACGAUGCGCUGGCGGCCAGUGACGCCACUAGCAUUCCCACACGCGCUAAGCCAAGAUGACUGGGUUAAUGGAUAUCUCCUACCUAAGGGAACAACAGUGUUCCUAAACGUGUGGGGGCUUCACCACGACGAACACAUAUUUCCCAACCCCGACCGAUUCGACCCAAGUCGCUACGAAGGGCGACUUAAACUGGCCUCGGACUAUGCCGCCUCGCCGGACUAG